UUAAUGUCCAUCCCCCAUCUGGCGGCUCCUUUCAGCGAUAUAUCGAGCUAACGCACAGGCGAUCCAACGGAGGCUGUCUCUGCUGAUGAAGACAAUGAUUACAUUUUACAAAUAUUCAAAAAGGCUGGACUAAAAUUUCUUUUCGUGCAUGAGGAGCGUGACUCUGCUGCAGACCGCCACAGCCUGAAGCCAUCCUGCCAAAUCUGGAGACCAUGUCUGGAGCCUACGACGAGUCCGCCAGCCAGGAGGAGACCACAGACAGCUUCUGGGAGGUUGGGAACUACAAACGUACAGUGAAGCGGAUUGACGAUGGUCACCGGCUCUGCAACGACCUGAUGAACUGCAUCCAGGAGCGUGCCAAAAUCGAGAAAGCCUACGCACAGCAACUGACCGAGUGGUCUAAGAGGUGGAGACAGCUAGUAGACAAAGGGCCUCAGUAUGGCACAGUAGAGCGAGCUUGGAUGGGGGUGAUGACGGAGGCCGAGAAGGUGAGCGAACUUCACCAGGAAGUGAAAAACAACCUGAUCAACGAGGACUUUGAGAAAGUGAAGAACUGGCAGAAAGACUUGUACCACAAACAGAUGAUGGGAGGAUUCAAGGAAACCAAAGAGGCAGACGAGGGUUUCAAGAAGGCCCAGAAACCCUGGGCCAAAAAGCUAAAAGAGCUCGAGGCUGCCAAGAAGUCCUACCACAUGGCCUGCAAAGAGGAGAAGCUGGCAUCCAUCAGAGAGGCCAACAGUAAGGGAGAGGCCUCUGUGACCGCUGACCAGCAGAAGAAACUCCAGGAGAAAGUGGACAAGUGCAAACAGGACUCACAGAAGGCCAAGGAGAAGUAUGAGAAGGCUCUGGAUGAGCUGAGUAAGUGCACUCCACAUUACAUGGAAAACAUGGAGCAGGUGUUCGAUCAGUGCCAGCAGUUUGAAGAGAAGAGGCUGAGCUUCCUCAGGGAGGUGCUGUUGGACGUCAAACGCCACCUCAACCUCACAGAAGACCAAAGCUAUGCUACAGUGUACAGAGAACUUGAACGUUCCAUCACAUCGUCCAGCCCGCAGGAAGAUCUGAAGUGGUUCAGCAACACCCACGGCCCCGGCAUGCAUAUGAACUGGCCACAGUUUGAGGAAUAUAACCCAGACCUUACCCAUAACAUCUCGAAGAAAGAAAAGUCAAAGAAAGGCAGCGAUGGAGUCAUGUUGACUAACGUCACAACAGCAGUGGACCACGCUCAAGCUGGAGACCGGGGAAGUGUCAGCAGCUACGAGAAGAAUCAGGUGUACACGGCCUCCACAGAGUGGUCGGACGAUGACCAGACAGCCCCAGACUCGGGCAACGACACCAACGGAGGGCCGAACCCCUUCGACGACGAUGUGGGCAAAGGUGUGAGAGUGAGAGCGCUGUACGACUACGAAGGCCAGGAGCAGGACGAGCUCAGCUUCAGAGCAGGUGACGAGCUGAUGAAGCUGGAGGACGAGGACGAACAGGGCUGGUGUAAAGGUCGCCUAGACAGCGGGCAGCUGGGUCUUUACCCGGCCAAUUAUGUGGAGCCGAUGUAGCUGUUCCAGCUGAGGACGCUUGCCUCGUCGGAGGGCAAACCCAGACUGAACCGUCCAGUCAUAACUGCACAUUGCCAGAGACUUGAAAGCAAAGCUUCCUCUUCCCGUCGGGCACAGUGAGCUGUCUUCAUCUCAGCACUCAUCACAGAGAAGACUUUAUUGUUCAGGAUCACAUCUUCAUCCAAACACUGCAACACAAACACUGCAAACACUGAAGCAAAUUAUUUUAGUCUCUUAUGUGUGGAGCUGUGUGUGAUUCCAGAUGUGACACUAAUAUGCCAUAUAGUAUGUUCUCUCAUCAUAAUAUUGAUAUGGUAUUGUCAGUUGUGCCUGGAUAGGGAGAAUACGCUAUGCAUUGUGCAUUUCAUGUACAUAUAUAAUUUUUUUUUUUUUUUACAGUCUGGAUGCUUUUACAGUUUUUUUCCUCAUUGACUACAGUGUUUUUUUUUCUCUGUGAAAUAUUUACAUGUUAGCAUUAAAGGAAUAGUUUGCCAUUUUAGGGGAAAUGCACUUAUUUGCUUUCUUUCUCCUGAGAGUUAGAUCGAUACCCCUCUCAUGUCUGUACAGUAAAUAUGAAGCUACAGCCAGGACCAGGUUAGCUUAGCUUAGCAUAGCAUAAAGACUGGAAACGGGGGGAAACAGCUAGCCUGGCUCUGUCUGAAGGUAACAAAAUCCACCCACCAGCGCUUCUAAAGCUCACUAACUAACACGUUAUAUCUGCUUUGUUGAAACUGGAGAGUGCGAGGCUCACAGUGUCAGACUUUGAAAAAUGGACCACUUAGUGGCAUCACAUGUUAAUAUCUUAUCAUAUUAUCAUAUCGAAUGGACUAUAUGCUGCAGUUUUGGGAGUCAUUGUCUCUGGCCAAGAAAGAGUUACAGCACACAACACCCCAUAAAACCACAACUUGUAAUGUUUUUGCACCAGUUACACAAACAAGAUUUAAACAAACAAGAUACAAUAUGUUAUUCGGUGAGCUUCAGAGACAGAGGGUGGCUAGCUUCUUUCUCCUCCUUUGUGUCUUUAUGCUAAGCUAAGUAGCUGCUGGCUCUGGCUUCAUAUGUAGUGCACAAACACCGAAGAGUGGUAUCAAUCUUCUCUGCAAAAAAAAUAAAAAGUCAAACUUUUCCUUUAAAGUAUUUUGUUGUUUUCCUGCUGCUCUCCGUAGCAUGUCACUGAAUUACCAUUUUGAACCGAGAUAAAAGACAGCUCACCAUCAGUAAAAUAAAACACACACAUUCACUUAGCAGAGCGUCUCAGUGCAAAAAUUGUUUACAUUGACCUCUGCAGUCCAACCCAUCACUAAGAAGGUGCCUGUUAUAACUAUUCAUUUCAUUCAGUGUCUCCUCCUUGUGUCUUUACGUGCAGACUGUGUUAAUAAUGCGGGCACCAUGAACAAAACCUGCCUGGAAAAUAAGCUUCAUUUCACCACAAAUGUUUAAAUUGUUUAUUUAUUUCUGCAGUUAAUGAGACUUGUUUUCUAUUUGUGAAUGUCAGUGACUUGGCAUUAUCAACUUCCAGCUUUUAUCAGCUGGUGAUUAUGUGCAUGCUGAUGCUCCCACACACUGUUUACCGCUCUGAUCCGAACUGAUCCAGUGCAUGGCCUCAAUUUGUUUCCACCGCAUUAUUAACAGUUUCUUGAAUAAAUUAAAACUCUGAUCGGGAUAAUGAUGAUGCUAUUGAUUUGCAACUUAGUCCUUAUUGGUUUCACUGUGUACCAAACCACAGGCUGUGAUAAAUAUACGCAUCUUUUAAGUUAAAUGGUUUUGUUUGAAUCAGAAAAUCAAACUUUGUACAAACAAAACAAUUAGGAGUGCAUGUGGCAGUACAGCACAUUGGUGGGUUGCUCCUGGUAACCAGAGGUGUUGGUGAAAACUACACCCUUGUCGAUGAGGACGGUGGGUGUUCUCUUACUGACGCAGACAGAGAAGAGCAGUGCAACAAGCGCUGCACAAAAUAGCAGAAAGAGGAUCCGUCUCUGAAAUAUUGAUGAGACAUUUGCCUUUUCUGCUGCAAGAGAGUUCAUUUUUAAAAGAUCCAGGAGGGAAAUGUCUCUUGUGCCGUGUUUGUGCUUCUGUAUGCUUGUAAAACAAUGUUGCCCCUUGUAAGCACUGGAUUAGGAGGGGUGAAAUAAAUAUUGCCUUGCCAGAAUCUACCACCCUGCCACAUCCAAGGUCUCUCAACCAUCGUGUUUAACAAAGUGAAAGAGAGCUCGCUUCCACAGAAUCUGACUCCUGCUUCUCCAGCUCAGUUUUCGCUGACACAACACACAGGCCCUCUGUCUUGACUCAUCAUAUGAAUUUGAAGAUUUCAGCAUUUGAACUGUAUUUUAAACAGAAUUGGACUGUUAACAAGUGUACUGUUAAGGUGUGUAAAAGCUAUAAAUGUGGCAUCCACUGUGAAACUCCUGUGAUACACUGAAGGAUGGUAAAUCUUUUCUUUUUUUUUUUAUACUCAAAUGCGUCUUUCUCUUCUGUCUGAAAACAUUGAUCUGCAAUGUUGAGGACAACUCUUUAUAGAGGGCUUUUUUUUAGCAUAGUGCUGUCAUUUCCAAACUGUAGUGCCUGUAAUAAAAGACGUCAUCAGAAAACUCAAAGGCACAUAUGAGACUCUGUGAGAUAAAAACGUGAAGUAGAAUUUGACCAUGUGAUACUGUAAAAAAAAUAAUGAUGGAGAUUCAAAACACAAAAUAUAACUCAUAUAGCUUGGGCACAGCUCUAACAGAAUAUAAGCAAAUGAUGCUACAGGCUUCGAACUUAGUUUUCUGGUUGUGGGAAUUGAGUUAGUGUUAAUUUUCUCAGUAGGCAGGUCUGACAGUAGGAAUCACAUGCUUAAAUAUCUACAGUGAGUGGUGCCCCCUGUAAAAUCUUAAUUUAAAGUAUUUAAUCUCCUGGGUUUAACUUUAAACUUAAUAUCCAAGUCUGCCACUAGAGGUCAGGAGUAACCACAUUCAGCUCUUUGUCACAUCAAUCAUCAGGUUGUCAGAUUCCUACACACAACAAUCCUUCUGUAGCAUCCAGUUAAACCAACACACCUACUGACAGUUAAUGGACAUCAUACAUGAGCCAAUAAAAUUCCCACAGUGCCACAGGAUGUUUCCCAACAUAGACAGGUUGAUUGAUUUUUAUUUUUCCAAACUUUAUUGAUAUGUAACUGAAUGGACAUGAAUCAACUGAUGCAGAUUGCCGUAGGAACAUUGACCCUGGGAAAACAAACAAACAUUUUAACUGUUACUAUUUGUUCAUCUGAGGGCAUUUAGUGGUUGGUAUGAGUUUUGGCUUCUUCCCAUGUGGCAACUGAACUAUCCAAACAUACACUGACAUCUUUGCAGCAGUUGUAGCUAUACUACAACAAAGUCUCAAAGAGAGAAUCAAAGUGCAACAGUCUCUUAGACGUCAUUUUUGAAGAAGCAGAAUUGACAGUUUUUUUCAGCUACAGUCAAAAGGUAAUUAAUGCGACACCUGUACAAUGUGAUGCUAUGGAAUGCAGAAAAGGAGCUUUGGCAAAUUGGGAAUUCAAGCAGAUGAAGAAACAAGAAUAAGAAUAAUAAAAUCCAUGGUAAAUUGGACAAAGGAAAGUGAAAAACAUUUUUAAAGGGUUUCUGAAUUAACUUUUCUCUUUUGAUUAUAUUGAUAUCUGCCACUCCCUACAGCGAGAGUUAACAAGGGUGUGUGUUGGCUUGGACUCGUGUGUGUAGGGUGGAUGUUAAAUUAAAAUGUUUUUUGCUGUUAGCAGUGAUGAAAGUGUGGGGGAGGCCUAUUAAUAAAUUCAACCCGUAACUGUA